AUGCCCGCUCCCACUUCAUAUCCUCCCUUCCAAAGGGACUAUCCGUCCGAGGACCCCAGGCCGUCUCCCUAUGCAUCGUCCAGACCGAGGACAGAGCCCGAAAGGGUCGCUCUGCCAUCCAUUCGACAGGCUUUCCCAGAUCUAUUACCCAUCCGGCCAAACCCUAGAGACGGCACCGCAAGCAAUGCCUCUCCGACCGCCGGCCUCCCAGGGCCGACUACGCCACCAGAAUACGUUCACUCUCCCAAUUCGGGAAAACGGAGGCGACUAUCCUUCGAAGAGGAGCGAACGAGCCAGGUUCCCAGGCUCUACGCAAGUUCUUCCGGGUCGAUGCCACGACAGAGCCGCGGUACGUCGCCGGGACUUCUACCGAGAUCGGCCACCGAGAAUUGGGGCUCAAGCUCCAGGACGAGCCCCUAUCCCCCCUCCCUGGGUGGGCCUUCGUCCAUCCACUCGCCAGCCAUACUCGAGCCGCCAGAGACCGUUGAGCACCGGCCAGCCUUGCCGAGUCUACCACCUCUGGCCUUCGAGCGAGAGGCUCCACCUCCAGCAGCCCCAGCACGCCGGUAUUCGAGGGAGGAGUACCCCAGCAGGUCUGGGAUGAUGCACCCUUCCCAGCCCGGGAUGGAGUCUGCCUACCGGCCGGCUGCGUACGGCGGUCCUGGCUAUCACCACUCGAGCAGAGGACAACAGACUGUCCCGAUGGGUGCUCUGCACCCUUACGAGCGCGCCGCCAUGGGUGGCCACGGUUAUGGCCAGUAUCCAGACUACAUGCGGAUGGGAGACUACGGCGGAAUGAACGGGGACAUGAUCAAGCAGCGGAAAAGACGCGGCAAUCUCCCCAAGGAGACUACCGACAAGCUGCGUGCGUGGUUUGUGGCUCACCUUCACCACCCAUACCCUACCGAGGACGAGAAGCAGGACUUGAUGCGGCGGACCGGUCUACAGAUGAAUCAAAUCUCAAACUGGUUUAUCAAUGCUCGGCGGCGGCAACUGCCCACCAUGAUCAGCAACGCCAAAGUCGAAACCGACGCCAUGUCGAGUGGGCGGAACUCGGACGACAGGCUGAUGAGGUCGACGGAGAAGUCGGAAUACGACUCGAGGAAAUCGCGGAGCCCGCUCAGCGAGGGCGGCAGCAGCCACUACGAGGACGAGAUGGACGACAUGAGGAGGAGAAGCCCUGGGGGCAGAGGCAUGAAGCGCGGGAGCGUCUAA